AAAACGACGAACUACCGUCGUCCCUGGUGGAACGACGCUCAGAAAAAUUAUGGUUAUAGGGAUUUUAAGUAUUGUGUAUUAUUUGUUUGGAUUGAAAGCAGUUUGUGGUUAUUAAUGUCUGGGAAAAGAAAGAAGGCAAGGUUUGAAGUGAAUUGUUGGGAUCUAUUUGACACUUGGACAUGUGGGUUUGUCGUGUUGAUUCUCUCAAGAUGACGGGAGGAAAUACUGAUCCCGCAAAUAGUAAUGCAGGGGAUCGUCGAAACAAUAUUCUGGAACUCGCACGAGCCAUUCGUGAGGCUGAUAAUCAGAAGGCACAGUUGCCGAAGGUUCAAGUUUGUCUCUUCGAUGGCACCAAUGCCUCAGCAUGGGCGGACAAGUUUGAACAAUUGGGCAAUUGCUGUAAAUGGUCGAGUGAGAAGAUGCUUCAAAUGGUGAAGCGAUAUUGUAUGGUCGAGUACAAAGAGGAGGUGUUGGAGUUGGUGCAAGCUUCGCGCGACUGGCCGGACUUCAAGGCCAAAUUGUUGGACAAGUACCAGUUGGGGGAUCAACUGCUCAAUCUGGCGGAUUUACGGAAGAUGCUUUACCGUCUCCUGAAGCAGCAAAAGGAGGACCGCGAGAAUGAAGGGGUAAGCGCGGAAAAGGAUCAAGCUGUUUACAAGACCCUGACUGAUAUGCGGAACAUGAUGGCUGACAUGAAGGAGGAAAGGUUGAAGUUGCAAGUGAUGAUGGUCCAAACAAAAGCUCUCAUCGAUGAUGGAGCUGAAAUGAACAUUAUACGGGAAAGAGAAGCCAUGGGGGCAGGAGUCAACAUCAAUCGAGCAGAUACUGGAUUUCUGCGUAUUGCGGGAACACAAAAUCGAGCCGACGGAUUGAGUCGGAUCGAGUGGGACUCCUCGAAAGAUCAGGCAGAAGACUCAGUUCCUGUGGAUGGGUUUCUGGAAACGGAUGAGCAACAACUGAGUAUCAAUGUUUGGGAAUACAUCAGUAACGCUUCAUCCCGACCUGGGAAGUCUAUCUGGAGUUCGCCGAGUUCUUAUCAAAAGUGUGCAGAGCUUGUGAUGAGGGAACCCUUUUUUGAGGAGGAUCCUUGGGGCAAACGAUCUGCUGAGCAAAUUAUGAGGUUGGCAUUGUCGGAUCCGGUACGGCUGUUAGAAGAGCCACUUACGAUUGAAGUAGGACAUGAGCAAGGCGACGAAGUCCUCAGGACCUCCGGGGGAAUGGUAUUUCUCGUUAAUUCGUUAAUACAGGAAGAUCGCGGCAGGUUAAUGUUGGAAGAAGGGGAAGGCGGUGAGAUCAAAGAAGCCUUUCGCGAGGAAGAAUAUGAUGGGACUUAUAAGAAGAUUGGGCUCUGGUUGAAUGGGGACCUGAAUGAGGCAGAGAUAGAGCCAGAAAUAAGAGAAAAGGCAAAGGGUUUUGUCGUUCGACAGGGGCAUCUCUUCAAAAAGUCUGACGAUAGUACGCCUAAGAGAGUGGUGUGUGGGGUUCCCAGACAGUUGGAUGUGAUUGCAGCCCUACAUGAUGGAGUGGCAGGUGGACAUCGAUCUGCACGAGUAACCUUGAGAAAGAUCCAACAACUCUAUUUUUGGGAUGGUAUGGGUAAGAUGGUGGCAGAGUUCUGCAGCUCGUGCGUUCCAUGUCAGAAAUGUUCGAAUCUCCGCUAUGCUGAGCCACUUAAUCCACGAUAUGUGGUUGAGCCAGGGGCGGUUGUGCACCUCGACCUGGUCGUUAUGCCACCCAGACUUAAUGAGUACAGAUACAUUUUUGAUGCGAGAGACAAUCUUACCGGGUUUGUUGAUGGGCGUGCAAUCCGUGAGCGAACCGGAAAGAUUUUGGCGGAGUGUAUCGAAGAGUUUUACCUUCGGUACCCAUUUGUUCGGGAAUUUGUGAUGGAUCGAGGCGGCGAAUUUCGGGCAGCAGAGGUUCAGGCUCUUAUGAAAAGACUGGGAGUGAACUAUAGUUACACCACUAGAGCACAUCCCCAGGCUAAUGCUCCGGUCGAACGUGGGCACGCCACCUUCACUAAUUUGCUAGCCAAAUGGUGUGCUGGCAAGCCGUCAGCAUGGCCCGUCUAUCUCAGAGCUGCCAUAUUUGUUGAAAGUAUAACUGUGAAACGAACUACUGGGUAUACUCCGGUCACGUUAUGGUUUGGACGACAUGCUACAUUUCCAAUCGAGAGUUUCCUGACCACAUGGCAAAAACAGGAUAUGAAGGCCAUGCUUUCUACAGAAGAGUUGCUAGACCUGAGGGCCAGACAAAUACAGGCGGCUAAGGAAAGAGUUGUAGAGGCUGUUACUUCAACUGCGGACAGCAGACGGGCGGACAAAGUUAGGUGGGAUAAGCAAUCCCGGGUUAGGAAGAAACCGUUGGAAGUUGGGGAUAUUGUCCUCCUCUAUGACUCUUCUCUUGAAAAGCAGUGGUCGAGGAAAUUAGAUAAUCGAUGGAUGGGACCGUAUCGUAUCAUUAAGAAAACAGAGCAUGGGGCAUACGAGAUUGAGGAGAUGGAUGGAGCAUGUGGGCGAGAUUGAGUUUCGGGCUCACGCUUGAACAAGUUUGUUCAUAGGGACUAGAUAAUGCCUUACUUUUCUCAACAAACACUGGUACCACAG